CCCGUGGUGGGGGCUGGGCGCAAGGGCGGCGCUUGAGGGUCUUGCGAGUCCGCCCUUCCGGUAGGGCUUCCGGGCCCUGGGUGUGGAUGAGACGUAGCCACGCCCUCUCCAGAACGGGAAGGCGGCCGGGUCCUAGUGCCCGCUGGACACGGAGGGCCUGGGCUCGGGACUGAGGGGCGGGCGGAGGCUGCGGCCCAACGAAGAGCGGAUCUCGCUCCGCGCUUUUUCCCGCGGGCCGCUGAUGGCCGGACGCGUCCUGGGGAAGACGUUAGCCACCGUGUCUCUCUCUGUGGCCUUGGCCUCUGUGACUCUCAAGUCCUUGGGCUGUUGCAGCAUCUCGACGUGCAGAAACUCGUUUUUAUCCUGUGGGUUUCAUCUUUGCUCCAACACGAUGUCUGGCUCUAAUGGCACCAAAGAGAAUUCCCACAACAAGGCUAGGACAUCUCCUUACCCAGGCUCAAAAGUUCACCGCAGCCAGGUUCCUAAUGAGAAGGUAGGCUGGCUUGUCGAGUGGCAAGAUUAUAAUCCUGUGGAAUACACUGCAGUCUCUGUCUUGGCUGGACCUAGAUGGGCAGAUCCUCAGAUCAGUGAAAGCAACUUUUCUCCCAAGUUUAAUGAAAAAGAUGGACAUAUUGAGAGAAAGAGCCAAAAUGGCCUAUAUGAGGUUGAAAAUGGAAGACCUCGAAAUCCUGCAGGACGAACAGGACUGGUCGGUCGGGGGCUUUUGGGGCGAUGGGGCCCCAAUCAUGCUGCAGAUCCCAUCAUAACAAGGUGGAAAAGGGACAGAAGUGGAAAUAAAAUCACCCACCCCGUUUCUGGGAAAAACAUCUUACAGUUUGUUGCAAUAAAAAGAAAAGACUGUGGAGAAUGGGCAAUCCCAGGGGGGAUGGUGGAUCCAGGAGAGAAAAUUAGUGCCACGUUGAAAAGAGAAUUUGUUGAGGAAGCUCUCAACUCAUUACAGAAGUCCAGUGCUGAGAAGAGAGAAUUAGAGAAACAGUUGCACAAACUCUUCAGCCAGGAACAUCUAGUGAUAUAUAAGGGAUAUGUUGAUGAUCCUCGAAACACUGAUAACGCAUGGAUGGAGACAGAGGCCGUGAACUACCACGAUGAAACAGGUGAGAUAAUGGAGAACCUUACCCUAGAAGCUGGAGAUGAUGCUGGAAAAGUGAAAUGGAUGGAUAUCAGUGAUAAACUCAAGCUUUAUGCUAGUCACUCUCAAUUCAUCAAACUUGUGACUGAGAAACGAGAUGCGCACUGGAGUGAGAACCCCGAAACUGACUGCCAAGAGUUAUAGUUCGCAAAUCUCCAUGUAAAUCAAAGGCCAGCAAAAGAGCACGUACUGAAAAGAAGGCAGUAUCACAGAACUCAUAUAUAAGUAGGUCCCUUGGAAAUUAUUUUACUCACUUUCAAACUGAUUUGCAUUUGGAGGGUUUUGCAUCAGAAUAAAAUUAGUAAAUAUGAUGAAAUAGAACACAUAAUUUUCUGCUUUCCAGCCAGAAGAGCUAUAAACCAUCAUAUUUUGUAUGUAUUUUAUUUAAGCAUGGCUUAAAUCAAAUUUGAAGAACGGAUGCUCUUUGCAGAAUCAGAAUCUGAAUAAAGAUAAAUUUUUGUUCAGCCAUAA